GAGAGAGAGAGAGUGAGUUUGUGUGAGUGUGUGAGCGAGGGAGUGGAAAAACACUAUUGUUCAUUUGUAAGCUAGUUGAGGAAUUUUGUCUUUCAAGUGACUUCGACUGUCUUCUGUCGCCUUGUCGACUAGUAAUAGGAAAUCAUUAGUGUUUUGAAUACGAGCAACAAGAAAGGAUCAGUUUUGUGGUGUUCAUUUGUGUUCUUGGUGAAUAAUUAUAGUUUUUUCAUUUUCGUGUUAUCAAUUAUGGGAAAGACUCGAAAAUGCUUGUCAGCUCCAAGGAAAAAGCGGCGAUUGAAUGAUGCAUUGAAAAAAUACAUGGAGGAAAAGAGGAAAGCAAAGGAAUCUAUGGACAACUUAGUAGAACACAGAAAUGAAAAUGGUGGAGAAGAAAAAGAAGAAGAGCUGCUGGGAAGACGCAUCAUCAAUAUCAAUGAAUUUCUUGAACAAAUAAAACAUUUGGAUCAUCAUAGUCCUUUCGAUUGUUCAUUUAGAGAUAUGAAAGUUGUGGGGGAAAAAAGGGUAGGACUGAAAAGUUGUUUUAUUAUGAAGUGUAAAAUGUGCAAUAUUGUACGAACUAUUUGGUCAGAGAAGAAGAAAGACAAUAGAAUGGGGAUAAAUAUGGCAGCAGUGAGUGGGACAAUGACUACGGGGGGUGGCCACGCUCAGCUGGAGGAGAUGCUGUCCAUCAUGAAUAUUCCUCCAAUUAGUAACAAAACUUAUAUCAAGUAUGAAAAUGAAGUUACUAAAGGCUGGAUUUCAACAUCGGAGAUGUCGAUGAAAGAUGCUGCAGAGGAGGAGGCGAGGCUGGCCAGGGAGCACGGCGACGUAGAUAAGAAUGGCACUCCUCUUAUCACUGUUGUCGCCGACGGCAGCUGGUGUAAGCGAUCCUACCGUAACAACUACUCUUCAUUGUCAGGCGUAGUGAUGCUACAGUGGAAAUAAAGUGUCCAUCAUCUGCGAGAGAACUGACACCAGACGAUGCUAUUAGAAAUAAAAAAGUAACAUUUUGGAGGGUUGAAAAGAAUGGGGAAAUAGGGGGCAUAAAUGAAAACCAUGAUUUUUAUUACAAAGUCCAAGGGCAGCUGAGAGUGACAGGUCGGCAAUUAUGCUAUUUUGUGCUGUGGACACCAAAAGGCAUAAAAGUUGCAAAUAUUGCUAGAAAUGCAAUUUUUUGGGAAACAAAAAUGUUUCCCAAAUUGGAAAAAUUCUAUAUGAACUGCCUUCUGCCAGAAAUUGUAGA